AUGGAUCCUCUAUGUAUUAUCGUGAGCCCAACGACCAGUUACGAUGCUCUCGUUAGCUCCGUGCUUGGAAAACUUGGUCUGGAAGGAGUGAAAAGGGUGAAGAAGUUUUUCUAUCGCAUUCCAAUCACGGUGCUCCACGAUACGGUGAAGUAUGAUUAUUUCAUGAUCGGGAGUGAUGAGGACUUGCAGGUCAUGUUUCUCUCUCGUAGGCAAUUUCCCGAGGUGAGGACACCAGAGCUGUUGGCGAAGUUCGUCGACAUGGUAUCUAGCUCUGGUGGGUCGAACCGGAAUGCCAACACUAUAGCCAUGGCGGCCGGUUCGAGCUCGAGACCUGCGGUUGCUUCUUCCUCUGUUCCAGUGUAUGAGGCAGCGGUCCAGCCUGCCGCCUCCCCAUCGUUUGCUGUUGAUCUCGGCGGCAAUGUUGGAGACGAGGUUGGAUAUGGGGAACAUCAUCCGACUGAAGUACAGUGUCCUCCACCGGCUGGUGUUGGAGAGGGAUUGUGUGAUGAUCCAGAUGAUGAUGAAAUCGAGCCGGAUAUUAUCGCUAAUGAAAGCGGCGAUGAUGUUGGAGCGAGUGAUCCGAUAAGGCCUACUGGUGGUUCUAGUUCUGGCACACAUCAGUACCCACCCCAUUUUUCAUCUUUGGAUCUGGAUGCCAUGAGGCAGGACGAACAUCCUGGGCAGCUAGCUGGAUUUGGCGCUAGAGAUACUGAAGGGUCUGCCGGUAUGACAGAGUUCCAGACGUACAGCAUCCGCCGAGUGGUACAGUACAAGGUAGUUGAGUCUGACUAUCGCAGGUACGUGGGAAAGUGUUAUGAGUUUGGGAAUGGGUGCACAUGGUUGAUUAGGCUGAGCCUCCGACAACGCAAAGGCAUCUGGGAAGUCAAGCGGUACAACGGGCCGCAUACCUGUCUCGCCACCUCCAUCUCCAGCGACCAUAGGAGCUUGGACUACCACGUGAUAGCGACAUUCAUCAUGCCAAUGGUUAGGGCUGAUGCAUCCGUGAACAUCAAGGUGCUUCUAAAUGCAACGGCAGCUCACUUUGGCUUCAGGCCUACAUACAAGAGGGUGUGGAUGGCGAAGCAGAAGGCGGUCGCAAUCAUCUACGGGGACUGGGAUGAGUUGUACAACGAGCUCCCUCGGUGGGUCUUAGGAGUUCGGUUGACUAUGCCUGGCACUGUAGCAGUCCUCAGGACCUGCCCUGUUCGAGUGGGUGGACAGGUGGACGAGUCUCAGGCUUAUUUUCAUAGGAUGUUCUGGACUUUUCCCCCUUGUAUCGAAGUAUUUCGUCAUUGCAAGCCGUUGGUGAGUAUUGACGGCACCCAUCUAUAUGGCAAGUAUGGGGGAACGUUGCUUGUGGCGAUUGCACAGGACGGGAAUUCCAACAUACUCCCUGUGGCAUUCGCACUAGUUGAGGGUGAGAAUGCUCAGUCAUGGUCCUUCUUUCUCUCCCACCUCCGUCAGCACGUGACACCUCAGCCAGGUCUGUUAGUUAUUUCAGAUAGGCACAACGGCAUCAAGGCAGCACUUGAGGUACCUGAUGGGGGAUGGCUACCUCCGUCUGCAUACCGGGCAUUCUGCAUUCGACACGUUGCAGCGAAUUUCGCCCUCACCUUCAAGGGCAAAGAUACCCGGAGGCUUCUUGUGAACGCCGAUGGUACAAGCCGGCCAUCUGCAAGUUCAGUCUCGCAAGAUGGUACAAGCCGACCAUCUGCAAGUACGGAACGUACCUCUCAUCAAGACGCAUCCCCUGCUGCCGCCUAA